AUGCAGCCAAAUACUCAAAACUGGACUCAGGUAACAGAAUUUGUCAUGAUUGGCUUUGCUGGGGUACAUGAAGCUCGUCUCCUUUUCUUCGCAGUCUUCUUCACCAUGUACUUGUUCACCUUGGUAGAGAACUUGGCCAUCAUCUUACUGGUGGGCUGGGACCACCGAUUAUGGAAACCUAUGUAUUUCUUCCUGACACACUUGUCCUGCCUUGAAAUCUGGUAUACCUCAGUCACAGUACCCAAGAUGCUGGCUGGCUUUAUUGGGGCAUAUGGGGGCAAGAAUAUCUCCUGUGCUGGCUGCCUGUCCCAGCUCUUCAUUUUCACUUUCCUUGGGGCCACUGAGUGUCUCAUGGCUGCCAUGGCUUAUGACCACUAUGUGGCCAUUUGUAUGCCUCGCCACUGUGGGUUCUUGGUGUCCUGGGGCACCUGCUUCCGUCUGGCAGCUGCUUGUUGGCUGGUAGGUGUUCCCACCCCCAUUUUUCCCAUCUACCUCAUGUCUCAACUGACAUUCUGUGGCCCCAACAUCAUCGACCACUUCUUCUGCAACACUUCACCUUUGCUAGCUUUGUCCUGCUCUGAUGUCACCUUGAAGGAGACCGUGGAUUUCCUGGUGUCUCUGACUGUUCUCCUGGCCUCCUCUACCAUUAUCACUGUGUCCUACAGCAACAUUGUCUGGACACUGCUGCACAUUUGUUCCACUGUGGAGCAGCGGAAGGCCUUUUCCACCUGUGCUGCUUAUCUGACUGUGGUCAGUCUCUUCUACAGCACUCUUUUCUUCAUGUAUGUUUGGACCAAGGUGGCCUCCUCCAUCAACUUCAACAAGGUGGUGUCUGUCUUCUACUCCAUUGUAACGUCAAUGCUCAACCCUCUUAUCUACAGUCUUCGAAACAAGGAGGUGAAGGGAGCCCUGGGCCGAGCUUUUUGUCUCAGGUCUUGGAAAAGGCAGUGA